ACAAAUGAUUUUGAUCCCUGAACUGGAGGUGGAGGGUAUUGGGGGAGCUCCCCUGGGCUGAGUCCUCCGUUUUCCUUUCCUCUACCCAGACUACCCGAUGAGCCACCUCUCAGCACUGACAUUAUCACUGCGGGAUUUCCCAUUCUUGGCACCUUCACCCAUUUAGGACUGGUGCAGGGGGUGGAGAGGCAGCCACCGGGAAUGUCUGAAGUGACAAGCUUCAGGUUGGACUUGAAUUUCUUGUAUCUGGGCUAAUUAGUGUGGUGAUGCAUCCACCUAUAAAAAUUACAGAGUGGCUCAUCCAGGGACCGGGCAUCUUUUGCUGGGAGCAGAAGGGAGGAGGGCUCUUCUCGGUGGCUCCAACAGACUCGGGCUCAGAGGGCCAGCCCCUCCUGCUGUCUCCUGAGCCCGAUUCUUCUUGGCCAUCACCUCCCCCUUGCCCUAUGGCGGCUAUCACAGAUCUCUCCUUUAUGUACCGCUGGUUCAAGAACUGCAAUGUGGUCCGCAACCUCUCAGACAAGUAUGUCUUUAUCACGGGCUGUGACUCGGGCUUCGGAAACCUCCUGGCCAGGCAGCUGGUUGAUCGGGGCAUGCGGGUGCUGGCUGCUUGCUUCACUGAGGAGGGAGCCCAGAAGCUUCAGCAGGAUACCUCCUACCGGCUCCAGACCACCCUAUUGGAUGUCACCAAGACUGAGAGCAUCAAGGCAGCAGCCCAGUGGGUGAGGGACCAAGUGGGCGAGCAAGGCCUCUGGGCCCUGGUGAACAAUGCUGGUGUGGGCCUGCCCAGUGGCCCCAAUGAAUGGCUGACCAAGGAGGACUUUGUGAAGGUGAUCAAUGUGAACCUGGUGGGACUGAUUGAAGUGACCCUCCAUAUGCUGCCCAUGGUCAAGAAAGCCCGGGGCAGGGUUGUCAACAUGUCCAGCAGUGGUGGCCGUGUAGCUGUCAUUGGUGGUGGCUACUGUGUCUCCAAGUUUGGUGUCGAGGCCUUCUCUGACAGCAUCAGGCGUGAGCUCCACUAUUUCGGGGUGAAAGUCAGCAUCAUUGAGCCGGGCAACUACCGGACAUCCAUUCUGGGCAAGGAGAGCUUGGAGACGCGCAUGCGCAAGAUGUGGGCGCGGCUGCCUCAGGAGACCCGCGAUAGCUAUGGAGAAGAGUACUUCCGUAUCUAUACUGACAAGUUAAAGAACAUGAUGCAGUUGGCAGAGUCAAGGAUCCGUGAUGUCACCAAUAGCAUGGAACAUGCCAUUGUUUCCCGGAGCCCUCGCAUCCGCUACAACCCUGGCCUGGAUGCCAAACUCCUCUACAUUCCCUUGGCUAAAUUGCCCACCCCUGUGACAGAUUUCAUCCUGAGCCGGUACCUUCCAAGGCCAGCAGACAGUGUCUGAACUGGGGAAGCCCAAGGGGUGGUCAGUGGAGUGUAGAGGAGGGGAGUUAGAGAAGGCAUCAUGGGGUCACAAGAGGGGAGAUCAGAUGUUCUGGGGGCACCUUGCUUGGUUGACACCCUUCCCAGCACUAGUGAAUUUAUGGGUAACUUCUAAUAGGAAAUGAGUGCCUCUUCCCAAUCACUGGGGCCUCACAGAAAUCUGAGGUGGCCUUUGCAGGUUCAAAGACCCAUAACCUGACCCUAAGAACAUCUGUCACCCGGUCAAGAUGGCUUUUUCUGGACCUGGGAAAGUCAAGGAGAGGAAAACUAGCUCCUGCUGAAUCAUGAGCCUCCCUCAGUUAUCACCACCACUGGGAAAUUCUGUGGGAUAAUCUAGCCCAUAGGAGAACUCAACCACUUUGCUGUUGUGCCUCUAAAUAUGCAUUUACCUCAUUCACAUAACCCAUUAUUUGGAGUUUGUAGUAGGGCAGACAGGGAGUGCAGGAUUGUAUCAGGCAAAAGUUUAUAAUAAUAUUUUUUCUCUCUUUUAUGGAUUGCUCUAUCCAUAGGUGAUUGGGACUCACAUGAAAUAACAUUCAUUCAUUUAAUCACUGUUGAUUAAUUCUUCAAAUAUUUAUUGAGUGCCUACCCUAGACUAGGCACUGUGUAGGUGCUGGAAGGAUGCAGAUAUGAUUAAAUCAUGGUCUUGAUUUUUUACUCUUUA